AUGGCCAAGUUAAUCCAUUGCUAUGAGUUGAACACAGGGGCCAAGAUUCCUUCUCUUGGGUUAGGCACAUGGCGAGUUCCACCAGGAGUUGGAUACAGGCACAUUGACUGUGCUCAAGCUUAUAAGAAUCAAGCAGAGAUUGGUUUUGUUCUUAAGAAGCUUUUUGAUGAUGGUGUGGUGAAGCGUGAGGACUUAUGGAUCACUUCCAAACUCUGGUGCUCAGAUCAUGCUCCAGAAGAUGUACCAAAAGCUUUGGAUAAAACAUUACGGGAUUUGCAACUUGACUACCUUGAUCUCUAUCUGAUCCACUGGCCAGUUCGCAUGAAAAGUGGAUCAGUUGGAUACAAGAAAGAAGAUCAGGAACAACCAGACAUUCCCAGCACAUGGAGAGCAUUGGAGGCACUUUAUGACUCUGGCAAGGCUAGAGCCAUAGGAGUCAGCAAUUUCUCUUCAAAGAAGCUUAAAGAUUUGUUGGAUAUAGCAAGAGUUCCUCCUGCUGUUAACCAAGUUGAAUUGCACCCAGGAUGGCAGCAACCGAAGUUGCAAGCAUUCUGUGAAUCUAAAGGAAUUCAUGUAUCUGUAAUUUUGAUGAAAUUGUCUGAAGAGCUUGUUGGAAAUGAAUUUGCCUUGAUGGGAUACUGUCCACUAGGCUCACCAGAAAACCUGAAAAGUGACAUUCUUAAGAAUCCUGUUGUCACAGAGAUUGCAGAGAGUUUGGGGAAGACACCAGCUCAAGUUGCCCUUCGAUGGGGAUUGCAAUCAGGUCAUAGUGUGCUGCCAAAGAGUACUAAUGAGUCCAGGAUGAAGGCAAACUUGGAUAUCUUUGACUGGUCUAUUCCAGAAGAACUACUGAUGAAGUUCUCUGAAAUUAAGCAGGCAAGUAGUUACUAUGAAAUGGAGAGGCUAAAUUCGGGCACUUAUUUUGUUGAUGAGACCUAUGGUGUCUAUAAGACGGUUGCAGAGCUCUGGGAUGAACUCUGA